AUGGCGUCUCAAAACAGACCAUUCAAUCUGUCGAAAUGCGCGCGACCAAAUAUUUUGAAAUUGCACCCUUACCGAUGUGCCAGAGAUGAUUACAAAGAUGACGGGACCAAUAUCCUACUCGACGCCAAUGAAAAUGCCUACGGACCGGGUCUGUUACUGAACAAAGAUGGGAAUAUUGAAGGUACAGCCCAGGACGGUUCUGCGCCGCAAAUUGAUUUUCUGGGAUUGAAUCGGUAUCCUGAUCCUCACCAAGUCGACCUGAAGCAACUAAUUUGCAACCUCCGCAACACGAAAGUCCACACCCAAAAAGAACUCACACCUGAGAAUUUGUUCGUCGGCGUCGGCUCCGAUGAGGCAAUUGACACCCUGUUGCGAUGUUUCUGUGUGCCUGGGCAGGAUAAGAUCCUCACCUGCCCGCCGACAUAUGGCAUGUACGCCGUCAGCGCUGACGUGAACGAUGUCGGAGUCGUAAAAGUGCCGCUUGACGUGGAGAAUGGGUUCUCGCUACAACCCGACAAAAUCAACUCAGCGCUAUCGGCCGACGAGAGGAUAAAGAUUGUAUAUAUCUGUUCACCGGGCAACCCCACCGCGAACCUAAUAGCGAAAGAAGAUAUCCAAAAAGUCCUCGAACACCCAACGUGGAACGGCGUCGUGGUCGUGGACGAAGCAUACAUUGACUUUGCGCCUGAGGGCUCGAGUCUCGCGGAAUGGGUCAAUGAGUGGCCCAACCUGGUGGUCAUGCAGACCCUCAGCAAAGCAUUCGGUCUUGCCGGUAUUCGUCUGGGAACGGCGUUUGCGAGUGCGGAGAUUGCGACGUUGUUUAAUAGUAUGAAGUCGCCGUAUAACAUUCCCAGUCCGACGAGUGUGAUUGCUCAAGCGGCGUUUGCGCCGGCGAAUUUGAUGGUGAUGCGUGAGAAUCGUGCGAAGAUCAUUGAGCAGCGUGAUCGACUGUUAAAAGAAAUGCCGCAGAUUCCGGGUGUUGGACGCUUCCUCGGUGGUCAAGCGUCCAAUUUCCUGCUUGUUGAGAUGCUGAAUAAGGAUGGGAAACCGGAUAAUACCGUUGCGCUGGCUGCGUAUGAGGCCAUGGCGGAGAAGAAGGGCGUCGUCGUAAGAUUUAGAGGCAAGGAGUAUGGAUGUGAGGGUUGUUUGAGGAUUACGGUGGGCACAGAAGAGGAGGUGACGAGGUUCUUGAAGGAGUUGAGGGAUGUUUUGGGCAAUCUGCACGCGAAUACGCCGAUUGUAUCGUCGAAGGAAGAGCAGAAGGAGCUUGAGGCUAGUGAGGUUGUUGCAUGA